GGGUUGGGUGGGAGCCGGGAAGGGGCCUGGAUUAGCCCAAACUCUCUUCAGACCUCCAGACCUGCCCCCACAAGGCGGGGCGGGCCAAAGGACCGAGUGAAGGCUCCAGCUGGACUCUAGGGAGUUACAAACUGGCCACGGGGAUUAGCGAAGCUGAAAAGAACAUUUGCCUAGGAAGGGAAAACGGGAAGUGAGAGGCUGAAGAUAACUCUCCUGAAGUCUCUCGGGACCCACAGCAGACCAAUGGGGGCCGGGGGAGGUGGUGAAGUCGCGGCAUCCCGACAGGUCCCCCGCCCCAGCCUGCCCCUCCUCCCGCGGCCCACAGCUGAGGCACCGCCCCACCCCUCACCCUACACUGCCUACCAUUGGCUAGCGCCAGGGCCCCGCCCCACAUAGGCGGCCUGCCAUUGGCUGAAGUCUUUCCUGUUUGCGUGCUUUUGGGGGUGGGGGAGGCGUCCCUCCCUGGACCCCGGCGACUUCCUCUCUCGGUUUGUCUGGGUCAUCUUGUCUGCCCGCCGCUGGCCUGGCCCCGUCUGUCUCUCUCAGCAGCUGUCUUUCUCGCGCCCACUGGCCGGUCUCUCCUCUUCCCCGCAGUUGCCUCCUUCUCUGCCUGCCUGGGUGGCCGCCAUGGGCCGGAAGCGGCUCAUCACUGAUUCCUACCCGGUUGUGAAGAGGAGGGAGGGGCCCGCUGGGCACAGCAAGGGGGAGCUGGCACCCGAGCUAGGGGAGGAGCCCCAGCCCCGCAACGAGGAGGAAGCGGAGCUGGAGCUGCUGAGGCAGUUUGACCUGGCCUGGCAGUACGGGCCCUGCACCGGGAUCACACGGCUGCAGCGCUGGUGUCGGGCCAAGCAGAUGGGCUUGGAGCCUCCCCCAGAGGUGUGGCAGGUGCUGAAGACCCACCCCGGAGACCCCCGCUUCCAGUGCAGUCUGUGGCAUCUCUAUCCCCUAUGAGGCACCACGUAAGACCUCCUGCCCUUAGCGCUCUUGCUCACCACCCAAGAACCUCAGGACAGAAGCGAGAGCCCAUUGCUCCUGCUCAGCUCAGCCCGGCUGCGGAGGAACCCUUGGCAGGCAGAACCUGGAGGUGUCAGAGGCUCAACUCCUCCAUCUAACCAGCAGGCUCCCAGAGUCCCCGGAAGAGCCUGUGCAGCUGAAGCAGAGUGCUUCUAAAUGGAGAGUGGUCACUGGGGAAAAGGACCUGGCCAUCACCUUCCAAUACCUGCUGCCUGUCUCCCUGACCCAUGAUGUGGCAAGUUAGGCACAGUCAGACAUGGACAGUUGAUCCAUGAGGAAAAGAUGCUCUCCCACCUAAGGCCAGGAAUCUGAGAGCAGGACUGGCUGAGCUCCCAGGGCAAGGGGUUCACUAAUGCUUAUCAAUAAAGAAUAUUGAGCCUGGAA